AUGAGGCAAACCAAAGGCCAAAGAGGCUGUGACACGACCAAGGACACCCCAACAGAUCCAAGACACACAGCCUUUGCCCCUCCUGAAAGGGCUGCAUUUAAGCCGACGGUUUCCCAUUGUCCCUUGCCGGUUCCUUUUGCUAUCUGUGAAACUGACCAAAUCUUUUUGCCUCCCAGUUGUAACGAGCUUCAGUACUCACAGUAUGCAUCUACCUGCGACAACGUGCAUAUCCAGAAGAUGCAAGGAGACGGCUACUGCCUGAAACUCACCGACAUGAAGGGCUUUUUCCAGCCCUGCUACGGGCUGCUGGACCCCCUUCCCUUCUACGAGUCCUGCUUCCUGGAUGGCUGUUACAACCACAAGAAGUUCCAGCUGUGCGGGUCCCUGGCUGCCUACGGAGAGGCCUGCCGCUCAUUCGGCAUCCUCAGCACCGAGUGGAUUGAGAAGGAGAAUUGCUCAGGAGUGGUUGAAGAUCCCUGUGUGGGGGCCGACUGUCCCAACCGUAGCUGUGAGUUGGAUAAUGGUGGAGAACUAUGUGGUUGCAUUGAACCUCCACCCUACGGAAACAACUCACAUGACAUCAUUGAUGCCGAGGUAACCUGCAAGGCUGCUCAGAUGGAAGUCUCCAUAUCCAAGUGCAAACUCUUUCAGCUUGGCUUUGAGAGAGAGGGAGUGAGGAUCAAUGAUCGGCAUUGCUCAGGCAUUGAGGGGGAAGAUUUCAUCUCCUUUCAGAUCAACAACACCAAAGGGAACUGUGGCAACAUCGUGCAGUCAAAUGGUACCCAUAUCAUGUACAAAAACACAGUCUGGAUCGAGAGUGCCAAUAAUACUGGCAACAUCAUCACGAGGGAUCGCACAAUCAACGUGGAGUUCUCUUGUGCUUAUGAACUGGACAUCAAAAUCUCCUUAGAUUCAGUUGUCAGACCAAUGCUGAGUGUGAUUAACCUGACCGUCCCAACUCAAGAAGGCAGCUUCACCACCAAGAUGGCUCUAUACAAGAAUGCCUCCUACAAGCAUCCCUACCGGCAGGGUGAGGUAGUGUUGACCACUCGGGAUGUGUUAUACGUGGGAGUCUUCGUGGUCGGGGCAGACUCCACACACCUGAUCCUGACACUGAAUAAAUGUUACGCCACCCCUUCCCGGGACAGCAAUGAUAAGCUCAGAUACUUCAUCAUUGAAGGAGGGUGUCAGAAUAUUAAAGAUAACACCAUCGGCAUUGAAGAGAAUGGUGUGUCUCUCACCUGUCGCUUUCACGUCACGGUCUUCAAAUUCAUCGGGGACUAUGAUGAAGUUCACCUUCACUGUGCGGUGUCACUCUGCGAUUCAGAAAAAUAUUCCUGCAAAAUAAACUGCCCACAGAAUUCCAGGAUUGCCACAGAUUACACAAAAGAACCCAAAGAACAGAUCAUUUCAGUGGGACCUAUUAGGAGGAAAAGGCUAGAUUGGUGCGAAGACAAUGGUGGCUGUGAGCAGAUUUGUACAAGUAGAGUGGAUGGACCUCUGUGCAGCUGUGUGACAGGGACCCUGCAAGAAGAUGGCAAGAGUUGCAGAGCCUCUAAUUCUUCCAUCGAACUCCAAGUCUGGAUCUCCCUCCUCAUCCUGACCCAGAUUUCACUAUGGCAUUUGGUGUAUAAAUCAGGCACAACCUCAUAAUUAACUCAAGGUUUCUAUUUAAAGUACUGUAAUUUACUUACUUCAACUCCUUGUAGGAUUAAAAGUGUGUGCCCCUAAGUCAAAACCCAUCCAGAAGUAUUCAGCCUCUCAAGGCUGAAAAUGAAGCAAAACGGAGUGUCUGAAGCUAGGGAAAUUCCAGGCGAUUUGGGUGAGCGAGCACACCCUGGUGCUACUAAAUGCCAAUUGUGGAAAGCGUCCAUCUUGCCUGAAAUUUCUUCUUGGUCACUUCAAAAACUUUGGCUCCCUCCACUCAAGAAGUAUUGGGGAUGGGGGAGGAGGGAAAUGAAGGAAGCGAAUGAAAACCACACCACUGUUGAGAGAAGGGCAAAAACCCAUGCAGUCGUCCACACGAAGCCUUUUUCCAGGUCACAGUUUUACAGUUGACAAUGUCAGGAGGACCUGUGGGAUUCUAAGGGAUCUAUAAAGUGUUUGGAAGUGGUCGAUCUGGGCACCAUCAAAGACCUGUCAUGUUCGCCUCCUCUAGAACACCGCCCUUCCCCUUGCCAGGGCAGCUUUGACCACUGACUGGGUUUAUCUUUUGCAGACCUGGGGAUUCCCCUCCCACCACCCCAAAUCCACUCUGUUCUCUUUUAUAAAGCAACCAAAUAAUUUAAUGUGUUUUGUGCUUCAAUAAACUUUUGUGUUCAAGUAUUCUCA